AUGCCAUUCCCAUUAGUAGCAAGAAAGAACUUGAAGGAGAAGGAACCAGCUUUGGUCAAGUACUCAAAGGAAAUCGCUGAAUUAGUUGGUCAAGAAUGGGAAUAUCAAUUUGAUUUAGAUGGUUUCUCAAACUAUUUGGAAGGAAAGACAUUCUCUUUGGAGGCACUCCGUGAUGCAUUAAAACAAUUCUUGACAGGUGAGAAUCCUACAUUCAGAAAGGAAGCACUCUUGGAUGCAGUCUCUACCAAGAAGGUCAUUGUCACUGUCGCCACUGAUGAAGCUAACAAAUACGAAUACUACCUUCUCAGAUUCGAUGCCGUUGUCAUGACCAUCCUCUUCAAGUGUCCAGUCAACUCACCAAACUCAUCACAUUUUAAAAUCAAUGAAUCACUUCCAGGUGCAGGGGGAUAUCCAUUCUCCAUUGCUUUGGAAAUGACCAGACUCCAACCAAGAUUCGAUACAUACCUGGCCAAUCUAUCAAAGGCAACCAGACAAUCAUGGUCGUUGAUGGAACCAGCUGUUGCAUUGCAGCUAUUCCAAAUAUAUGCCGACCACCAAAAAUCAUUCCAGGAAUGUAUUUAG